AUGGAACAUUACCAAACAAAUCAAAGAACUAAAGUGCCUGAUAUAUACAAUUUAAUCGUCGAAGAUUGCGGUAAACCAAGUUUAAUAAUGAGCGUUUAUGGUGGUGCAAAAUAUUUUGAACUGAAUGAGAAUUUAGAAAAAAAGUUUAUGAAAGGCAUUGUUCAAGUGGCAACAAUUGCAGAUGCAUGGAUAUUAACAACAGGACUGAACAGUGGUGUGUCAAAAUUGGUGGGUGACGGUAUUUCAUCUUACCGUUUGUUAUCAAAGCAUCCCAAAGAAGUUGUUGCCAUUGGGCUGACGCAGUGGGGAAGUUUGACAGAUGCCACAAGAAAGCUGUUGAAACAGGUAGAGAGUUCGCAUUAUUGUUAAUUCGAUAUGCUGAAGUGUAACCGCAUUAUUGCGAUAGUUUACUUCUUCCGUUUUUUUUAUCUCUACAUUUCUACAGAGUUUUGUGUUCACUUGAGUUUUUCAUUCACUUCUCUCGAGAAACAUAAUAAUAAACAAUUCUCAUCAACUUGAGUUGAUGGUGGGACACAGUGCGCACCCAGUAGGACAUUUGAUCGAUGCACAUUUUCCGGUUUAAAGAUGGAUAACAUACUUGGAUAGAUGGGCUAUUUAUUGCCAUAAAAUAUUUUGUUUCAAGUGCUUAUCAUCCAUCAUUUUUCUGAAUUCGAGUACACUUUUAAGAAAAAAUAGUCAUAUUCGAAAUCAGCGCGUCGAGUUGCACCAAAUCAUGUAUAACACAAUAAGUUUUGUAUAAAAUAACGAUCCAUCCAAGUUUUGUCUCAUGAAUCUGCAACACCGAUUUUCGGACAAAUUGACUUUUAUUGAAAAUGUUUAUUUUUGCUUGAAUAACAUCAGAAAUGACUAAGCAAUGAUCAUUAUUUAUGAAAGAAUGGUUUAGAAGUAAAAAACGUCUGCUGAGAAAUGCACAUUAUAUGAGACUCUCCUUCUCUAACUUCAGGCCGAUACUCGCUUCUCUGAUGUUUGCAUUAUUUCGCAAAAGAUAUGCCUUAACAUCCUCUUUUAUACCUUUUCGUAUCAAUAACGUGAACUUCACCGUAUUAGAACAGGCCUAUAUCUAACGCAAAAUAUUGUCUUGGAAGCAAAGACACUUGACUCAGCACAUUCUUUAGUCGAAAAUUAAAUCUAACGGGUAACGGCCAGAAAAAGUAGUUUCUGCUAUUCAUGUCAAUAAAUCCUCAAGUAUAUCACUUAGAACACGGCUAAUAUAUUGCAACUCUUCACUUUGAAAAUAUAAAAUAUCUAAUGAAUAAGCAAAGCACUCGCAAUUUAAGUGCAGUUCGAUUACUUUCUACUGCCCGUUCCAAAAUACAAGGCAGGCGGUUGCUUUUUGAAUAACUCUGGAGCGGAAGAAGAUAGAGGCUUGCGGUUUUCAGUUUUGAAUAGCCAAAACCUGUACGCAUCUGCCCACACAAGUAGCAAUGAUUUUUGAAAAAACUCAAAGACCGGAUUUUGAGCAGAUCUUUGGAAAACCGCUUUGGAUCUCGGAGAACUGA